AUGAGCCUAAUGGACAUCACGAAAAUGUUCUCCAUGCUCCAGCCCAGCGAGGACGAAGAAGACAACGGAGGCGUCCGGAGCGUGAAGGUCCUCCUGGCCCACGGGGCGGAGGUGGACAGCCUGGACGUGAAAGCUCAAACCCCGCUCUUCAUGGCGGUCAGCAACGGCCACCGGGAAUGCGUGCAGGUCCUCCUGGCCGCGGGGGCCAGUCCCGCUGGCAGGAUCUCCAUCAUCGCCGCCAGGGACGGGGACGCGGACAUCCUGCGGCAGCUCCUGGACCACGGCGCGGAAGCCAACGUCCAAGCGAGGUUGCCCGAGUGGGCCGCCAACUCGGCGGCUUGUUCUGGCCCUCUCUACCUCGCCGCCGCCUACGGGCACCUGGAGUGCUUUAAGAUGCUGUUGCUUUACGGCGCCGACCCCGACUACAACUGCCGGGAGGAGAGGGUGAUCGCCCAGGUCAAGGAGCCCAAGACUCUGCUGGAAACCUGCCUGCGGCAUGGCUGCAGGAGCGAGUUCAUCCAGCUGCUCAUCGACUUCGGAGCCAACGUGUACCUGCCCGACGUCACAGUGGACAAGGCGGCACCCCGCAGCGAGGGCCUGGAGCUGCUGCUGCAGGCGAGAGGUAACCUGC